GUGUCGUCAACCCUUCGGGGGUGCCAAUGUCGAAAUUCGCCGAGACGAAUGAGAACGUUUGAGAUAUCGUCGAGGUGAUCGGUUGCGUGCAUUGCGUAAGAAUGUGACUGCGGGCAUACGCGUACGCGUACGACGGAAAGAUCAGAUGAGGGUGUAGGAAGAGAGAAAAACGCAAGAGAUGAGAUCAUCUCUCCUCUCUGGCCGCCGCGCGUUCCGCUCGGCGCGGCAUGGCACCGCGCCGCAAUGUGCCUCGCGAACGCAGUCUGUACCGGUCCAGCGACUGAUUUGGAGGGCUGUUCUUUUCUUAAUCUUUCUUGCUGAAGAAGAGAACGACAGAAGCGAUUUGCGAAGAAAGCCAACGCGAGAAAUCGCAAUGUCGACAAAGCUGCAGCUGCUGUUGGUCGCGUUGCUGGUGGCGGUUCUAUUAGUGGACGUGUCAUCUGCUCAGCGCAGACGAAAAUAUCGGCGUCGCACGACCACGACAGAGGCACCCGUGCAAGAUGAGAUCAUGAACAUGCUGGAGGCUGACGAAAUAGCCGAGGAGGCGGCGACGGCGGAGGAGGCUGAGGUCAUUCUUGAAAAUGGCAGAAACGAGGUUGGAUCGAAGCAGCAGCGUUUGCUCGAGGACCCGUGCAUGGACAAGCAUUGCGGCGCUGGUCGUGUUUGCAAGAAUACGGAGGAGGGCACGGCCGAGUGCGUUUGCGUGGAGCUCUGCAACCAGGAGGUCGAUCCGCGUCGCAAGGUCUGCACCAACUACAAUGAGACCUUGGGCAGUGACUGUGAGGUCUAUCAGGCGCGUUGCUUCUGCGACACCGGUGACGCCAGGUGCAGAGGUCCCGACUAUCAACAUGUCCACAUCGUAUACUAUGGCGAGUGCCGACAGAUGCCUAUGUGCAAGGAAGAGGACAUGGCCGACUUUCCCAGACGAAUGCGCGACUGGCUAUUCAACAUCAUGCGCGAUUUGGCAGACCGUCAAGAGUUGUCAUCGCAUUAUCUGAAGAUGCAACGCGAAGCUGAGACCAAUCACACUUUACGCUGGACGAACGCAGCUAUUUGGAAGUGGUGCGACCUGGACGGCCACCCACAUGACCGAACGGUAUCUAGGCACGAGCUCUUCCCGAUUAAGGCGCCCUUGAUGGCCCUCGAACACUGCAUCGCGCCCUUCCUCGAUUCCUGUGACAUCAAUAACGAUCACAAAAUCACGCUGGUUGAAUGGGGCAAAUGCCUGCAACUCGACGAGGACGACAUAGAAGAAAAAUGCGACGAGCUAGCGGAGGCAAACCAGGAGCAAUACUAGAGAAUUCGAGCCGGAACCUGAAGCUGACUUCGUCGCACCGUUGUGACAGCAAAAUUAUUGUUUAAGCUAUUAUUGUUAAGAAUUGUUGAUGAGAGAUAUAUACUUUCAAUUAGUUCUUAAAAAUUUAAAUCACAUGACAUCUUGCUGCCGCAACGUACUGCGCUUGAAAAGUCCAGAAAAGUCAGCAUAAAAAGGACAACAUUAGCGCGAGCGAUGCGGGACGGGACGCGAGGGGAGGCGAGGCGAGCACAAUAGCGGAUGGUGUGGUACGGCGAGCGGGAUUCGGGAAUAGUCGGGGAGGACGCGAAGGACGCAGAUGACGCGCAGGGAAGGGUAGGGCAGAGGAAUGGCGAGAGACUGGAUGAGAGACGGCGGCUGAGUAAAAAUGGCGGGAAAAAUCCUCGCCAAUGCGCGCGCGCAUGGACGCGCCAACGCGCAGGUCCCGCGCGCAUCGACGAGUCGAUACCGCGCGGACGAGAGAGACAUCGUCGUCGAUGCUGAUGCGGCACCCGAGGCCUGCCAACCGACAAUUAACCGACAUCAAACAAUUCGACGCCUCAAUAAUACUGGCGUAGUCAUCAUCGUCCGAGACGAUGGAAUUCGCGAUCACAAGCCGAUCACGGUCCGAUCCGACAGGGAGAAAUUCGAAUUUUCGCGUAAUCGAACGCCCUCGCUCGUCGAUCUUCUUCGAUACUUGGAAUCACAUGAUGCAAUUAAUUCGAAUUUAAGCGUCAACUGAAUGCGAUACGUGAUUCACGAGUAAACGUAGAAAAUUUCCGCUCGGAAGCAAACAGAGGAAUCUAUGGGAAAUUAUUACGAAAGCAAUUUCUAUUACGAGCAUCAUUCGGAUGAUUUGAAUUCGAAUAAUACAAAAGCGUAUUUCAAUUA